AAAAAAGUUUACAAGCCCAUAUACUUGUUUGCACGUGCAAGAAACUGUCAUGCUUCUAUUCUCCUAUCAGCUGCCCAUUAGGGUUUAACAUCAAGUCGUUUAGCUUCUUUAAGCCUUCACUUCACAAUCUUCACACACACAGAGAGAAGAGACAAGCAAUGGCAAGAAUCAAAGUUCAUGAGCUGAGGAAUAGAUCAAAGAUUGAGCUUUUAGCUCAAUUGAAGGAUCUUAAAGCAGAACUUGCUCUCCUUCGUGUUGCCAAGGUCACUGGUGGGGCCCCUAACAAGCUCUCUAAGAUUAAGGUGGUGAGGUUGUCGAUAGCACAAGUGUUGACUGUGAUAUCACAGAAGCAGAAGUCAGCUCUGAGAGAGGCCUAUAAGAACAAGAAGUACUUGCCUCUUGACCUCCGUCCCAAGAAGACCAGAGCUAUUCGCAAGCGUCUUACUAAGCACCAGGCAUCUUUGAAGACAGAAAGGGAGAAGAAGAAAGAGAUGUACUUUCCAAUUAGAAAGUAUGCCAUUAAGGUUUAAAUUUAUCCAACUUAGAUAGCUUGUGUUGUUAUGUUAUCACUUGCAGAACAAAGCUGAGGAUCAUAUUUUACCGUUUUCAUUAUUAUAUUUUGUAUUACUACUAUUGAGGCCAUUAUGAAGUUGGAACUUUGUUUA